AUCUUUCGCCUCUUCUUCUCCUUCUUCCUCUUGCUCAACAUGUCAGCCCCUUAUACCCCCCUCGAGCAAAUCCCGUCCAUGCACGACAGCAGCGAUGAUAGACCUGUGUCUGCUGGCCUGCUGGACAGCGGCACGGCCCUUGAAGACAAUCCCAGUGCAACUGAUGCUGUUAAAGCGACAGAUAUAACAGACGAGGGCCUGCGCAAGGAAAUCGGGCUCUUCUCCGCCUCUGCAAUCAUUGUCGGCCAGGUCAUCGGCUCGGGCAUCUUCUCGACACCCGCCUCAGUCGUGUUCUUCUGCGGCACGCCUGCCAUGGCGCUAAUUCUCUGGUUCAUCUCGGGUCUGUUUUCGUUUGGCGGUGCGUUGGCGUACGCUGAGCUCGGCACAAUGUUCCCUCAGAACGGCGGCAUGAUUCGCUAUCUCUCCCACGCCUACCCGAAGCCGCGUGCGUUUGUUGCCACCAUCAUGGCCUACUCUGUCACGUUCUUUUGCCGCCCGGCAGCGAUUGCCGCCAAUGUCGCGGUGUUUGCCCAGUACUUCUUUUUUGCUGCUGGCCACAAGGACUAUAUUGAAUCGCGGGACUAUCUAUUAAGGGGGAUUGGCGCGCUGGUGAUGACGGCGCUGCUGAUCUUGAAUGUCAUCUCGGUGCGCUGGUCGCUCCGGCUGCUGAAUGUCUUUGCUGUCAUCAAGAUUGUAGCACUGCUCAUCGUCAGCUUCACCGGAUUCCUGCUGAUGUGCGGCGCCAUCAAGCGUACGCCGGGAACAAACUGGUCGCGUGGAUUCAAGGGCACGAAGAUGGAUGCCCAGUCGUUCGCCUCCGCAAUGACCCGCCUGUUUUGGUCCUGGGAAGGAUGGAGCAAUGUCGGGUACGUGGUUGGUGAGGUGAAGAACGUCAAGCGUACUCUGCCACUAUCGCUGGGCCUGGCCAUGGGCUCCAUUGCUGUUCUCUAUGUCUUUGCCAAUAUCGCCUAUUUCAGCGUGAUCCCGCUCGAGGACAUUGACAAUGGCAUGCUUCUGGCGGCCCAGUUCAUGGAUAAAAUCUUUGGCAAGGCUAUGGGCCAGGUUGUUUUGCCGACCUGCAUUGGGCUCUCUAUCCUUGGUGUUGUCAUGACCGAGCUAUUUGGUGGUGGUCGUCUGAUGUACACGGCCGGCAAGACCGGAUCCACCCCAAAUAUGGCACCCCCUAUCUACGCGCUGGUUAUUAUCUGGGCUCUGUCGCUCGUAUUCCUUUUUGCUCCGCCGCCCGGCGUGGCAUUUGACCUGCUGGUUGAUCUGGUGCAAGAAGGCAUGUGGUACUUUUACGCCCUAUCGGCAUUUGGAGUUAUCGUUCUGCGUCGUCGCCUGCCUGUCUACCCGCUGCGUCGCUUCCGCUCAUCGCUUAUCUUGAGUUUCCUGUUUGCCGCUUUGUCUUUGGUGCUCGGUAUCCUGCAGUUCUAUCCGCCGGCCACUCUGCCCGGAAAGGAGAAGCCCAAGGUUCCACAUUACCUGGCACCAUUGCUUGGAGUCAUAUUCAUGGGUCUCUGCGCUAUUCCAUGGUAUUUGCGCAUGUGGCGCUAUAUCAACCCCACAGCAGACGAGGGCGGCACACGCACGCUGGUUAUUUCGCUCUCAGCUGGAUCCAAUGGCCAGCUCAUCCCAUUUGUUAUGCCUGCUCCAAAUGAGCGCGGCGAUCCCGUUGGCCCUCCCACUGUCACUGAUGCAGCCUCGUCACCAAGUGCUACUGAUGCGACAUCUCCUGCUGCCAGUACCGUCGACACAGUUAUUGUUAUUGGACUCUGCCAGUCCACCCUGAUGACUCUAUGGUCGACAGCGGUGCUACCACAGAGCCUGGAAGUAUCGCUACUUCCGGCAACAGACACUGCUGCUUCAGAUACGCCUGCCGACACAGCAGUGCCGGCUGACUCCAGCAGCGCACCAGCCAACCCUGACGGCUCCGACUCUGGCUCAGGCUCCGACUCCGAAGAUGAGGGCUCCGCCACCGGUGACGCCGAAAGCAACAGUACCUCCAAGAAAUCUGCCGCCGCACAUAUAUCGAAGCAUGUAUCGAAACGGCGCAAGGAGGAGGUCUCGAGCAGCUCGAGCUCCAGUGAAAAGUCUGAGUCGGAAUCGGACUCUAGCGAGUCGGAAUCAAGCUCUAGUGAAUCAGAGAGCGACUCUGGGAGCGAUUCGUCUGCCAGCGACACAUCAUCCAGCGAUUCAGAUAGCAGCGAUUCAGAUGAUGGCACGAACGAUCUCACAAACAAGCAGAAAACUGCCAAAGUUAAGCGUAGGCGAUUCCAAAGGCAGCUGAACGGGAAAAUCGCAACAAACUUUGACCUGCUGGCACAGCAGCGGGCACUGACAGAAGAGGCCGAGGGCCGGCUAACAAAGGAUCGGUUCAAGAAGACGUAUAUGGACUAUGUUGCGACAGGAUUUGGUGAUGAUCUGGAUAAGCUGCGGAAAGAGGAGAUCAUCGGUGAAGAAAGCUUGGAUGCUUUAGUAGACUCGCUAGAAAUUGGCGCCAACUCGUUUGCGUAUGCCGAGAAGAAGAUGAUUGCUGAUGAGGCUGCACUCAACUGAGGGGAGUUUGGAGUACGAAGAGCCCUGCAUUAUUCCUCUCUUGAAAUAAAUACGCUCGGUGGAUUCGCCAUUGUUUAUGCUCGUUUUGCAGUGGCGUCCUGCCGUGAGGGCUGAUCCGGUGUGUUCAGUGGUCUACGACUUGCUGUAAAGCUGGAUCUUAUUGCGCAUUAUGCAUGUAGCUACGAGACCAACCCUAAGGCGUGCUAUAGAAGUGGAUUAGAAAACGCUUCAAACUGUGCACUCCAGCAGUUGCAUAACUUCACUGAUACAGCCGAUGCCUCAAAUAGCCAUUCCGCUCAUUCAGACGUAUCCUUGUAAACAUGACUAUGCA